GGGGCCGCGGCGAAGCUGGCGGAGCUGGGCCGCGCCGCGCCCGGCGCCCACCCCGGGGCCGCUACCGGGAUGAUGCGGAGCCAGUGCCUGCUCGGCCUCCGUUCCUUCGUGGCCUUCGCCGCGAAACUCUGGAGUUUCGUGCUUUACCUGCUGAGGAGGCAGGUCCGCACCGUGAUCCAGUACCAGACCGUGCGCUACGACGUCCUGCCCCUGUCGCCCAUCUCCAGGAACCGCCUGAACCAGGUGAAGAGGAAGAUCCUGGUGCUGGACCUGGGCAGAGAUUUUGGGAUCUUUUGGGGCCAUUUGGCGGUGCUGCGGGCUCGGCCCACGGUGCGGCCCGGCACCCCCCCCGACUUCAUCCUCAAGGUGGUGAUCGACAAACACCCCGUGAGGUUCUUCGUGCACAAACGGCCCCACGUGGAUUUCUUCCUGGAGGUGGUGAGCCAGUGGUACGAGCUGGUGGUGUUCACGGCCAGCAUGGAGAUCUACGGCUGCGCCGUGGCCGACAAGCUGGACAACAACCGCAGCAUCCUCAACCGCCGCUACUACCGACAGCACUGCACGCUGGAGCUGGGCAGUUACAUCAAGGACCUGUCGGUGGUGCACAGCGACCUGUCCAGCAUCGUCAUCCUGGACAACUCACCUGGCGCCUACCGCAGCCACCCAGACAACGCCAUCCCCAUCAAGUCGUGGUUCAGUGACCCCGGGGACACGGCGCUGCUCAACCUGCUGCCCAUGCUGGACGCGCUCAGGUUCACGGCCGACGUUCGCUCCGUGCUGAGCCGCAACCUGCACCAGCACCGCCUGUGGUGACCCCGGAGCCCCCCGGGACCCCCGGGGACCCCCAGACCGGACCCCCAUAUUGAGGGGGGGGGGGAUGGGGACAGCGCCAGCACCGAGGGGACCCCCAGGACCCCCCACCCCGGGCCGGACUCUGC